AUGCGAGAGAUAAUGAGGCCAGGUCAGCUGGACAGGAGGAGCAGAGAACUAGAGGAAGGCAGAGACAAGGUGACUGGCCGAGGACAUGGAGGGAAGACAGCUUACUUGAUCGGCGGGAUAUUGCGGGGAGGAAGGAGCAACGACCUAGCAUGGAAGCUCAACUUAACAGAGCUAGAUGAACAUGCUGGUUCUCUCGAAUGGUAUCCUAUGAAAGGACUUGAGAUGGGCCUGGUCGAGGAUGGCAAGACGUCGCUCGCGUCUGCUGUUGAGCGAGCAGGGCUCGGCAUCGCCUGCCUCGAUGGCUUCAUCUUCACAGUGGGAGGGUUUCAGAAGGGCGGGGCACACAUCAAGACCACCGAAGUUUUCGAUGCUCGAGGUCGUUCAGCGCGGGCUCAAGGCAAGGAGAAGAAGACAUCCAAGGCGCCUCCUCGUUCUGAGGGCUGGCAUACAGCUGGCGAUCUAGUCCAGGCGCGGGAGGGGAUGGGUAUCGCAGCAGGCGAGGGGUUCGUGUGGGUGGCAGGAGGAUAUGACGGCAACGAGCGACUCAAGUCGGUCGAGAGGCUGAGCCCGCAGACCCUGCGUUGGACCAGAAUGUCUCCGAUGCACUACGCGCGACACACAGUUGGGUUGGCCGUGAUGAAGGGGAAGUUGUACGCUGUAGGGGGAUGGAGCGCGGGAGAGGAGGGGCGAGUUGAGAGGCAUGCUUUCGGGCUGCUGACGUUCGGCGACUUCAUUUUGGUUGUGGGAGGCCUGACGGUAGUCAGCGACCGACAAGACGUCAGGGGAAGGGACUACAUUCACAUGAGCAUGGAGGGAAGGGACGUGCGGGGGAGGCUUGUGGAGAGCGCAGAGGUUCUAGACGUACGCGACGAGGGGAGAGGUUGGUCGCCCUUCUUCCGCUUCGAGAUGCCCGAGGCUCUCCUCGGUUUCGCUCUUGUGCAGUGA